ACAAACUGCACAUCUGGAAAGGCACAGAGCUGAAAGGUCUAUACAUUAUUUAGAGCAACUUAUGCUCCCCUCAACGAUCUUUUUUGAAGUCGGCCUUGCAUAUUUCUUUAAGACAAUGCUAAACCGCACGCUGCAGUGUGUACACUACAGUAUAGCUUCACAGUAGAAGAGUCCCAAAUUUCCCUCUAAAAAUAAACAAAAUAUCUAUAAGUCUUCAUUAUUAAGAAGACAACAUGGUGCUUAGGCAUUUAGUUGAACUUCUUCUGAUGGAACAAAAUGUACACCGCACAGCACACAGAAAAUGGCAUCUAAUGAGGCUUUAGAAAUUCUUGGCCUCCUGGCAAAGACUCUCUUGGGGGCUUCAGUAUUAAGUAUUGGAAAUUCCCUGCAUGAUCCUUGUUUUAUUACACAAAACUGUAAUAAUGUAUAACAAUAUACAUAAAUGCAAGAAGACUGAGAGGAGGCUAAUCUCUGUUUUUAACUUGGUUAAACUAUCACUAUUACUGUAGUUGUUAGUCAUUUAUAGGUGGUUUGAGACAGUGAACCCUGCUUUCUAAGCCUUCAAUACCAUGCUCAAAAGGAGAUUAGUCACACGUGCUUCUCUCUCCUGUUUGUCGGCUAUAUGCUGGGAAAUUACUUUUGGGUAUAAAUCUAGAGGUCCCCCUUGUGGCCGUGCAGGUCAUCAAUUAGAUAAGCAUUAGGUAACCCAAUACAAAUCUACAUCAGACAGUCCCCAGCCAGUCAAUCCAGACACUCAAGAGUCUUUGCCAGUACUACCAUUAGACCACUUGCUCAGCAGUAUGGCAGACUCUCUGUGCAGGCUGUUUCAUCUCCCCACAAAGAGCACUUCAAAAACUGUUGAAGAGCGUGGCAAGUGGGGCAGCAAAAAGGAGUUCAUCCUGUCUGUGGCCGGUGCUAUUAUUGGACUAGGCAAUGUGUGGAGAUUUCCAUAUCUUUGCUACAAGAAUGGUGGAGGCGCAUUCUUCAUCCCUUACGUCCUAUUCCUUCUCACUUGUGGCAUACCUCUAUUUGUGCUGGAGACGGCACUGGGCCAGUACACUAGUCAGGGGGGGAUCAUGUGCUGGAGGAAGGUCUGCCCCUUGUUUGAAGGCAUGGGAUAUGCAAGCCAGAUGAUCAUUUUCUACGGAGGCAUCAGCUAUAUUGUGAUUUUAGCCUGGGCUUUUCUCUACUUAUUCUCUUCCUUCUCUGGAGAGUUGCCAUGGGCCACCUGUAAUAACACAUGGAAUACAAAUCGUUGUGUGGUAAUAAACAACUACAAUGCCACCCUCAACUGGACUUUACCUGUAAAUUCAUCAUCUUCUGUUGUAGAAUUUUGGCAGCGUCGGGUGUUGAACAUAUCCACUGGCAUAGAGGCCUUGGGAAACAUUCAGUGGGAACUUUCUCUGUGCCUUCUUCUAGCCUGGGUCAUCUGCUACUUUUGUGUCUGGAAGGGAGUUAAAUCCACAGGAAAGGCUACAUAUUUCACAGCCACAUUCCCCUUCAUCACAUUAGCUGUGCUGUUUGUCAGAGGAAUAACCCUUCCCGGAGCUUUCCAUGGGAUCAAAUACUACUUGUAUCCCAAUCCAGCACGGCUUGCUGACCCACAGGUCUGGAUGGAUGCUGGAACACAAAUAUUUUAUUCUUAUGCCAUAUGUUUGGGAUGCCUGACUACACUUGGAAGCUACAACAAGUACAACAAUAACUGUUAUAGAGACUCCUUCUAUCUUUGCUUGUUGAACAGUGGGACCAGCUUCGUAUCGGGCUUUGCGAUCUUCUCAGUUUUGGGCUACAUGUCACAAAAACAGGGUGUGGACAUUGCUACAGUUGCUGAAUCAGGUCCAGGACUUGUCUUCAUAGUUUACCCACAAGCUGUGACCCUGCUGCCAUGGCCUCAGGUCUGGUCUGUGUGCUUUUUCACCAUGAUCAUCUUACUGGGAAUAGAUGGCCAGUUUGCAGGUCUCGAGAGCAUCAUGACCUCGUUAACAGAUGUGUACCCAGCCCAGAUACGAAAAGGAUACCGCAGAGAGCUUUAUCUGAUGCUGAUCUGUGCGCUCUGCUAUAUGUUUGGUCUGUUAUUAGUGUCAGAGGCUGGCGCAUACAUUCUGCAGAUCUUUGAUCACUAUGUAUGCAGUGGGCCCACUCUUCUUCUGAUGGCAAUUUUCCAGUCAGUGAUUAUUGGAUGGAUCUAUGGUGCUCAACGCUUCUGUGACAACAUUGAGGACAUGAUUGGUUACAAACCUCUGUCACUAAUCAAGUACUGCUGGCUGUAUGCCACUCCUCUUAUUUGCAGUGGAACCCUUGUGUUUUUGCUGAUAAGUUACACACCACUGAAAUUCAACAACACCUACGUGUAUCCUUGGUGGGCUUACUGGAUUGGCUGGUUCCUCGCCAUGUCGUCUCUUUCUAUGAUCCCAGUCACUAUGAUCUACAAACUGGCCAAAGGUAGAGGGAGUCUCUGGCAGCGUCUUAAGACCAGCUCCCGCCCAGCAGAUGAUCUUCCAGUGAUGGCAGAGGUGACAGCAAAAGAAAGGGCGAGCUUCACUGCAUGUCCACGAUAAUGGAGCAAAUGACCAUAUUUUUAAAAAAUCCAAACUUUAAGAGCAACUUUAAUUUUUUUUAUUUCAAAAAUAUGUAGAGUAGCUUGUUUACUGCAUGGUUUUAUAUGGUGGGUCAUUUUUAGUACAGCAAAUUGUUUUAACACAAAAAGACCAGCUUGACAGAUCAGAGAUCUAAAAUAAGCUUCUUUUUUUUUUUUAUUAAAUUGUGUUGAAAUUCACUGAAAUUCACUGCCAUCAUUGCUAUAUUCAACUCUAAGCUAAAAGGACAAAGUGGUACAGAACGACAAAGUUCCUCUGGCAUUAAUAUCAGCACAAAAGCUGUGUCCUAGGAGCUACAUGGCAUGGCUUUUCUGUAAGUGUAAUAUGUAGGUGGUGCAGUACUUUUAUCCAUAAAGAUUAUCAUCAUAUUAUCAGCAUUCCAAAUUCUCAUUUGUGUUUUUCACUGGGAGGAAAAAAUAGCAUUUUUUACUACAUAUAAAUUUAAAUGAAUAUACAGUACCUCUUUUACAGUUGUCAUAGGUGUAAUGAUGCUUCCUGCUUGAAUUUAUACAAUAAUUCUACAAUAUCUUAUAAGCUAGUUUUACUUUGUUAUUUUUUAGGGGUAAGUAUUUUCUUGGAUUAAAGUAGUAUUAAGAGCUUUUUUAUUUUACUUCUAUAUUUACGCAUGGAUUUACAUUUCUAUUAAGAACUCUAGAACAGCUAUAAACAUAAUGGGUUUGGGUCACUGACUAUGUGCACCAUGACAGCAUGACAGGUAAAUUUCUGUGGCUAACAUUUAUUCAGGGUCUAAUUCAUGUAUUUUUAUUAAAUAUAAUACACCAAAUAUGUAUAUCCUCCACAAAGGUAUUAGGACUUGCUUGAAUCUGUAACACAAUUUUUUUAACGCUUUAAUUCAGAGUUUUCCUUUUUUCUAAAGUAUUUUUGUACUGAUUAAGGGUUUUUAUUCAACAUGUGACUUUAAAUUUGUAUAAUAAAAUAAUUUUGGGGGUAAUUUUGCUUCUUUGCUUUUAUUUUGCAUGGAAAAAAAAUUACUACAAAAAACGACCACCU